CGCUCUUUCCCCAUUAAUACUCUCUCUCUCUCUCUCUUUCUCCGUGAUCUCAAAUGGCUCGUUCUCCAAUCGCCGUCGCUUUUCUUCUUCUCCUCUUCCUCUCGCCGGCGCUCUCUCUCACAAACUCCACGUCGCUGGGGAGCUCCUUCGCCCCCUCGAGCUCCUUCCUCUCCACCCUCAGCUCCACACUCGACGAGAUCCAAAGGCUCAUCUCCGUCAUCUCCACCUUUUCCGGCGUCCUCGGCGGCGACCUGCGCCUUUCCUCCGCCAUCUCAGACUGCCUCGACCUCCUCGACCUCUCCUCCGACGAGCUCUCCUUGACCAUCUCCGCCUCCCAGGCCUCCAGAACUUCCACGGCCACCUCCUCCGCCGCCGAGGGCACCGGCAACCGCCGCUCCGACCUCCGCUCCUGGCUGAGCGCCGCCCUCGGGAAUCAGGACACCUGCAAGGAGUCCCUCGAUGGGACCAGCAGCGUUGUCGGCUCCCUUGUCGGCGGCGGCCUCGAAACCGUCACCUCCCUUGUCGCCGACGGCCUUCGUCAGGUUGUCGCCGGAUCCGGCGGCGGGAAUGCCGGCCGGCGAAGGCUGUUGGGAAAGGUGAGCGAGGGGUUCCCCAAAUGGGUAUCAGCGGGGGACCGGAGGCUGCUGCAGGCACCGGGCGCGGUGGCGGCGGACGCGGUGGUGGCGCAGGACGGAAGUGGGCAGUACACGACGGUGGGGGCGGCGGUGGAGGCGGCGCCGACGGAGAGCACGAAGAGGUAUGUGAUCUACGUGAAGAGAGGGGUGUACAACGAGAACGUGGACAUUAAGAAGAAGUGGUGGAAUAUAAUGCUUGUCGGCGACGGCAUGGGCCAGACCAUCAUCUCCGGCAGCCGUAACUUCGUCGACGGCUGGACCACCUACCGGAGCGCCACUUUCGCGGUCUCCGGCAAGGGGUUCAUCGCCCGGGACUUGACAAUUGAGAACACGGCGGGCCCCUCGAAGCACCAGGCGGUGGCCCUCCGCUCCGACUCCGACCUCUCGGUCUACUACCGCUGCAGCUUCCUUGGCUACCAGGACACCCUCUACGCCCACGCCCUCCGCCAAUUCUACCGCGAGUGCCUCAUCACCGGCACUGUCGACUUCGUCUUCGGCAACGCUGCCGCCGUCUUCCAGAACUGCGUCCUCCUCGCCCGCCGCCCGCUUCCUGACCAGAAGAACUCCGUCACGGCCCACGGCCGCAAGGACCCCAACCAGAAUACCGGCUUCGCCCUACAAUUCUGCAACAUCUCUGCCGAUUCCGACCUGGCCGGGUUCACCAACUCGACCGCCACCUAUUUGGGCCGGCCGUGGAAGGAGUACUCCCGGACCGUUUUCAUGCAGUCUUAUCUCGGGGGAUUGCUCCGGCCCGAGGGCUGGCUCGAGUGGGACGGGAACUUCGCGCUCGAUACGCUCUACUAUGCCGAGUACAUGAACUCUGGGCCCGGUUCGGGGCUGGCUGGCCGAGUCAAGUGGACCGGGUACCACGUUAUGACCAACUCGGCUGAGGCGGUUAAUUUCACCGUGGGUCAGUUUAUUGAUGGGAACCUCUGGCUGCCCUCCACUGGGGUCAAGUACACCUCUGGUUUGACGGUGUGACAAAUUAAUAUGGAGUGUGAGAGAGGAGAAAGGAUAUUUGGUGCCGAGUUGCCUGUUUCGUAUUCUUUGGCAUGAUGCUAGAUAUGUGUCGAUGUUGACAUGAGAAUGUUUGACUUGUUUUGUAUGUAGGCAUCGGUCCUGUAGUAUUAAUUUCUAAGCAAUUUGCUCCUAAGAAGGAGAUGGGCAUGGAGUAAUUAUUGAAGAGGGAUAUGGGAUCACAUGGAUAUGUAUUUAGUGGUGCAAGGAAGAGGUAUUUUUUGGAAUAAAGAGAUGCAAUUAAAGCUAAACUUUGU